AUGGAACUACCGGACGCUACAGUCGACUCAACAGAUGUCGACAAUGAUCAGCAGCUGCUGGAACCUUCUGUUGUAUCACAAGAGGACAAAAUCCUUUCGGAGCAAAUCGUUUCAAUCCGAAUCGCUCAGACAGAUUCACAGGCUGCGCCAAAGCAGCCUGCCCAAGCGGCUACAAAAAAAGUCCCUCCAAAAGCGGCACAAAAACAGGGAAAACCGCCAGCUUAUUCAGAUUUGUCGAGGAAAACUUCCGAAGCUCGGCAAAAGUUAUUAUCCACACAGAAAUCACAGCUACAUUUAGAGGUGUCGCGCGGUCAAACUUUAAAGGGGAACAAGGAUGAACUACGGAAGCAGCAACCAAGACCAGACCAACAGCAGCAGAAACGCACCGUGCAACAAAAUACACAACGCUUACCGAAGCAGAGAAAGAAAAAGAGACGAUCAUGUUGUGGAGGCAGCCCUGAUCGUAAUGUUGACAAUGACGCUCGACAUAUAGAAGCCAUUAUAGCGAGUCAGCAAAGCUCUUCCAAAUGUUGCUGUGCUCCUUUAUGUUGCUGCUGUUGUCGGCAAACAGACCAAAGUGACAGUCAGGCAAAGAAAGGGGGUGCCUGUUCUAAAUGUUGCAAGAAAUUCCUAGCAUUUCUCUUUUCCCAUGUGGGGUUGUGUUCCAUGGUUGUCGCCUAUGCUAUCAUGGGCGGUUUUCUGUUCCAGUGGUUGGAAGCGGCAGAUGAAAUCGAAGAGCGGAUUAUGAUCUCAAGGAAAAGGAAUAGCAGCAUUUCAAAG